AUGUUGCCGUGCUUUGAUGAACCAUCGUUUAAGGCAACUUUUGAAAUUUCAAUAACUCAUGAAAAGCGUCUGACUGCCUUAUCAAAUAUGCAUCUUUUGAAAAGCAUUUAUUGUAAUUUUAGACUGGUUAAAGAUCACUUUGCAAAAUCUGUAAAAAUGAGCACAUAUCUUUUGGCUAUUGCUGUACUCGACGAUUUUGAACGUGUUCAUCGAACUACAAGGGAUACUGAGAAACCUAUUAUGGUCAGUUUGUCUAAGAAAACUUUAAUAAAGUAG